UGGGUUGAGCUAGUGGAUUUUCAGAGGGGAGUUCACAUACACUCAUGUAAGGCGUUUUAAAAAUGCAAGAUAGUAAACAUGUAGCUGUGUCGUCGGGUUUGCUACAUGCUGAACCACAGAUGUCGCGCGCGAGGGAUCGACUCAUAUAAAAGCAGGUUAUGGAUUCGAGCCUUCCUUGUUUGAUCCUCUUCAUCCUGAUUGGCCUUGUUAAAUGCUCUGUUGAUGACCACCAUCACAACAGCACCCAUCACUAUGAUUACUGUGUGCUUGGAGCUGGGCCUGCAGGACUGCAGAUGGGACACUUCCUUUCCAAGGCUAAAAGAGACUACAUCAUCCUGGAGAGGAACUCAGGACCGGGCAGCUUCUUUAACAAAUAUCCCAGGCACAGGAAGCUCAUUAGCAUUAACAAGAUCCACACAGGAAGGCAGAACCGAGAGUUCAACUUGCGCCACGAUUGGAACUCGCUGCUGAGUGAUAAACCCGACCUCCUGUUCAAGCGAGUCAGCAGUGAGUUUUACCCACCAGCUGAUGCCUUCCCAGUCUACCUGUCCAUGUUUGUGAAGGAGCUCGGGCUGAGGGUCCGGUAUGGUGUGGAUGUUGGAAGGAUCAGGGUAGUGCAGUCAGCCACCAGCAGGACUUACGUCUUGACUGAUCAACAUGCGACGGACUACAAAUGCAGCGUCCUUCUGGUAGCCACAGGUUUGUGGGUUCCUCAGGAGGUAGAGUUUGUUGGCUCUGACCUGGUUGAGGGCUAUGAGUCCAUCUCCACUAACCCUGAGGACUAUAAGGAUCAGGUUGUCCUUAUUCUGGGCAAGGGGAACUCUGCUUUUGAAACAGCCCAGAGCAUCCUGGGAAGAGCAAGUCAUGUCCACAUGGUCAGUCGAAGCCCUGUUCGACUGGCUUGGCAAACACAUUAUGUGGGAGAUCUCAGAGCUGUGAAUAAUGAGCUGAUAGACACGUACCAGCUGAAGUCCCUUGACGGGUUAGUGGAAGCUCACCUGGAGAAAAUAGUUAUCGCUCAACGCAAGGAGAAAGGCAGCAGGAGAAAAGGCAGAAAACAACAAAGCAAAGAGAAGAAGGGACAGUUGUAUGUGACUUUAAAUAAGUACAUACAAAACCAGAAAGAAAAGAACGGCUCUGAUGUGACAGCAGAAGAACUGCCGGGGUAUCACAUUGACAACUUCUCCAUGCGAAAGCCCUACGACCGAGUAAUUCGAUGCCUUGGAUUCCGAUUCAACUUCAGCAUAUUUGACAGCUCUGCCUGCCCACCGAACAGUGCGAAUGCGAGAGGGAGGUUGCCAGCAGUGACACCCUGGUAUGAAGGUCAAGACACCCCGGGUUUGUUUGUACUGGGAACUGCUGCCCACUCCAGAGACUAUCGCUCAUCUGCUGGCGGGUUCAUCCAUGGGUUCCGUUAUACAGUGCGAGCUGUACAUCGUGUACUUGAACAUCGUUACCAUAGCAACCUGUGGCCAUCUACAAAGCUGUUGACAACACAGCUGCAGUCCUGGAUUCUGAAGCGGGUCGGCGAGGCCUCUGGGCCGUACCAAAUGUUUGAGAUCCUUGGGGACAUUAUACUGCUCCGAGGCUCUCACUGUGAAUACGUGGAAGAGUUUCCACUCCAGGCCUUGCCUCAGUUCUCCUCUCUCUCGGGCCAUGAGGUGUCCAACCAUGGACUGGUGAUUCUGGUCAUGCAGUACGGGAAGAAGAAGAUUGACUAUCUGGGUCGUGGCAGGGCAGUAACAGACUGGACCAAAGCUUGGAAAUCCCACUUUCUCCACCCGGUUUUAUACUACUAUGAUACACUUCCUACUGAGGAAGAAAUGAAGCACCGUCCCCAUGGUUGGCCUUUACCGAGGCCCAAGGCAAUUCAUCACAUGGUUGAGGACUUUCUUGCAGAAUGGGAGAGUCCCAUAUCACACAUCCAGCCACUGCGGCGCUUCCUGGAACACUGUGUCCAGACUGACCUCAGAGCCUUCUAUGCAGAAUCAUGUUUCCGCUUCUCCCUUACCCACCGCAAGCCGCCGUUGUUUUGCCGCCAAGGAUACUUGAAGCAGCAGGGUGUCGCUCACAGCAGUCAGCUGAGGCAGCACUUCUUCGGCACAGGACUGAUGCCUACUGAGCAGGAUGCGGACACAUCAGGGGCUGACACCGCAUUCUCUAACUACCUGGCACAAGCUGGAGCCUCCAUGUCUUCAGGAUUGAAACUUGACUUCUGAUUGUUUUACCUAAGUGUGUUAAAGCUAUGCCUAUGGCACCAUUUAGGUCCCUCUGACUUUCUACCUCCAGCACCCAUAUAAUAAUCCCCUCCAUGAAACCAAAUAUUUUGACAGAACACCAUCCUACAAAUCAGUGGUUCCUGACCUUUUUGGCUUGUGCAACCCCUCGUCACCACUGUACUGUUUCAACCAAAGAGUGAUUUUCCUUGCUUUAGUUUCAUUACAUUAAUGGGUCCUAAAGAAGUAAAACUAUCCUGCAGUUCACAAGAAAAAAAAGCGGAUAUGAGGAAAGUCUGAAAAAAAAAACUUUGUGUAUAGUUUUCCUCUUCUGUUAAUCAUCUCACAGCGAAUUAUUGUGCGACCUCUUGGAGACCCAAACUGCUGCUUAUCAUUGGAGAGUCACUGAGUUCCUCGAAAGCUCCCUUUUUAUUAUUAUUAUUGUUCCUCACAGAAUAUUGAUAUACACUAUAAUGUGCCAUUUCAUAUCACAAGAAUCCAGAUGUGUGUCUAUGUAUGUGAAUCUAUAAAGGUGGAGGGUGGGUGUUACAACAUGAUUAUGCAUUAUACAUUUUACAUAUUACCUGAUUAAAUUAAACACA